UUACGUACCUACAAGGGAACUGAUUAAUUUUUGAUUUAAUUUUAAUUUAAUGCAUACUAAUUGUACUUUCGCCUACUUAAGAUGUCCUCGAUCCAAACUCUUAAUCCUAUGUAAUAAUAAAGUUACUGUGUGUGUUUUACAUAUUACAUAGAAUACUUUAAAACUGCACCGUAGUUCUAAAGUUUUAAGAAAUGGAAGGUGGCGAGUGGAGAAAUAAUAUAAUAAAUCAGCUACGAGCUCGAAACAAAAGGGAAACUUUUGCGUUUCAGGAUAUUUUUACAUUUCAGAGCCGGUUAUUUGAUAAUGUAAACACACUUAAAAAUGAAAAUUUACAGCUGACUUUAGUCAAUGAGAGAAUAAGAUUUUCUAACACAGAAAGUGUGUCUUCUGGAGGAGGUGCUGUUAAUGAAAAGAUACAAGCCCUAGAACAAAAAAUUUUAAGCCAGCAAGAAGAGUUGACAUCAUUACACAGGAGACGAGGAGAGAGCUCGCAACAAAUAAUAAACUUAAAUGCUAAAGUACAUGAUUUAGAGAAGAACUUACAAGCUAAAGAUAUCAUAAUUUCAGAAAACACAGCUCUUAUUGCAUCACUUCGGGCUGAAAUUCAGAUGUAUGAAAAUAAUAUGACAGAGUUACAAGGACUUAAUCAGGUUUUAAGAGAUGAACAUCAAGCACUACAAAUAGCAUUUGCAGCUAUUGAAGACAAGUUACGGAAAGCUCAGGAUGAAAACCGUUCGCUAGUGGAGAGAUUGAUAAAGUACAAGGCGAAAGAUGCUGACAAAAUGAAUGAAGAAAACGAACAUUUUCUUAAGUCAAGCAACCCUACUGCGUUUUUGAUCAACACAUUUGGUAGAGUUAGUUUCGGAAAAAAGAGUGAUAAAGUUAAAAAAGAGCUGGAGGAAGCAGCAAGAGAAGGCGGGAGUAGAAGCAGUGGUUCUGGUGGUAGUGACGAUAAAAUUAUGGAUUCUCUGCCGUACUAUGCAACGUCUCUACCGAGUAAAGUUGCUUUGAGAUUUGAUGCUCAUGAUGGCGAAGUGAAUGCUGUUAAGUGGAGUCCAACUGAUAGAAUUGUUGCUACAGGCGGAGCUGACAGGAAAGUUAAAUUAUGGGAUGUGUCUAAGUUGGGUACAUCAGAAAACAGAGGUACUCUCGUCGGAUCAAAUGCUGGUGUGAUGUCAGUGGACUUCGAUUCAACUGGUGCCUUCAUUGUCGGAGCUUCGAAUGACUUCGCGAGUCGGGUGUGGACUGUUGGUGACCAACGAUUAAGGCAUACGUUAACUGGGCACAGUGGGAAAGUUAUGGCAGCCAAAUUCCUGGGAGAGCCUUCAAAAGUUAUCACCGGAAGUCAUGAUAGGACUUUGAAAAUAUGGGAUCUUAGGAGUAGGAUGUGCACAGAAACCAAAUUCGCGGGAUCAUCUUGCAAUGACCUCGUGACGUCAGACGGCGCCGGUUCGACCAUCAUUUCAGGACACUUCGAUAAGCGGAUACGAUUUUGGGACAUACGAACAGAAAUGUCAGCCAAUCACAUUGUGCUUCAGGGCAAAGUCACCUCACUCGAUCUCAGUAGAGAUAGUAAUUAUUUAUUAGCGUGCGUACGAGAUGACACAAUACAACUCAUAGACUUAAGAAUGAAUACUAUUGUGCGGUCCUUCAGCCACGAUUCUUUCAAAGUUGGUUGCGAUUGGUCGCGCGCCGCCUUCGGCCCGGGCGGGCGGCUUCUCGCGGUGGGCGCGGCGGACGGUGCCGCCUACGUAUGGAAUACACAUUCCGGCAAACUAGAAGCAGUACUCAAAGAUCACUCAACUGCCGUGACAGCCGUGUCGUGGCACCCGCAGUCGGGUCUCCUCGCAUCAGUGGAUCGCGCGAAGCGAGCCGUCAUUUGGGGUGAUUUGUGACAGGCAUGGGAUGCUCAGCCUCCGCAGAUUCCUAAACCCGAGACUCCAACAGCGGAAAGCGCUGACAGCGGUGAAAGCGGCGAGGUGAUUGAGUUUCUACGCGGCAUCACAACCGAUAUUCUUCAUAGACUUACGUAAAACACAGUGUUUACAGACAAGCAAGGCUUGUAUGGAAAUUUCUUAGUCUCGAAAUCUGUAUGAUUAGGCUCUUUUAUAAGUCACGUGAUUUGAUUGACUUCUUUUAUAACGAUGUGUCAAUAAUAUUAAAAGACAUCAGCUUCUAAUUCAUUUCAAAGGUCUUUUGAAAAUUAAAUUUUAAAUUGUUAAAUUAAAUUUUGUACGAAUUAAGAUAUGGAACAAAAUUAAUUACUAUAUAUAGAAGUACAUAAGUGUAACAUAUGUGUGUGCCGUUUAUUACGACCACACAUUUAAUUUACAUAUAUCACAACCGUAGAUUAAAAUGAAGCUAAAAUUAACGUGGAUGUUUUCCUAAAUCAUUUGUAACCUAAUUAAUAACGACUGUCAGGACAUCUGUAAAAUACAUAACUAAACUAUUACGAAAACAAACCCACGCGUUUGUGUUGGCUUUUUUGUGUGUUGGUAAAAAAUAAACAUAAAAAAAGACGAAGGAAACACGGUUGAUUAGAGCCUUAAGCAGUCUCCAGCUUUUUCAUUCGUGUAACAUGUACUAUUUAACGGAUAUCGAUCUUGCGAAUAAAAAACUAAAAAUUGUAUUUGUAAAUACUAAUUGGGUGCUAUGUUUAAGUCAUGUUUUUACGCGCGAUUGCACUACACGCUGUCUUCCGAAUUAUUUUCAUUCCUUAUUAACUGGGUGGUGUAAUUACUGUUUCUGAAGCCCUAGGUUGGGGCCUCACUGGGGGAACGUGAAAACAUUCUAUAGACUAUGAAUUUAGACUAUGUGUCGUUUAAUUUACAACAUUAUAAACAAUAGAUAAAUAAUAAUAUCACAGAAUCUGUGGGACUUUACUGUCGUCAGCAUGGCAUUCAACACACAUUGCUUGUAACUGUAAUAACUUAAAGUUCUAAGGGUUCGAUUUCUGGUAAAAUAAUUAAAAAUUAUCAGGUUGCUAUCAAGAGAAGGCUAACCUUGAGCGACCCUACAAAAAAUGACAAUAAAAGAAGCUCUAACAUUGGGUCGGCCGCUUUCUAUAAUCGAUCUUUAGUCUAAAACUGUUUGCAAUCUAGAUGUUCGCAAAUUAAGUUUGGUUAAAAUUCGAACUGUCGAAUUGAAAGAUAUUUUACAAAAACGAUCCAUCGAUCGGUUAUUGAAAAGUAAUUUAUGAGAAAUAAAUUGGAAUGUCAAUCUCUAGUAGUCAAACUUGGAUUGGGAUUGAGUACAGAAAGCGCCCGUUGGUGGACUUCAAACAAUUAUAAAAUCUUGUAACUUAAUGAUUCAUUCAUGUAUUAAGCUUUUGAAGCUUAAUACAUGAAUGGCUAUUUGAGUACCUCCCUGUGGUUACGCCACCUAUUGUUUACUUAAGUUUUAAUUAUAACAUUAUUUCUUGGAUCGUUUGGUUAAAAGGUUUUUUCUACAGUAUUUUUUUAUUAAUUCUGAAAAACUUCAUAAAUACGAGUGUUUAAGGUUCGCCAAAUAUAUACGGAAUUUUUUCAUACCGACUUAAAAUCAAAAUAUCAAAUUAUUCAGAAAGGAAACUGCAAUAUUCUAAGGUUUUGUCUUUAAAUUAGAGUAGUCUUGUCCUAGUGGCUUCAGCGAGC